AUGAAAUCGUCGGUUUGUACACAUUGGUCGCGACAUAGUAGUAAUAGUUGAUUGAUGUUUGUCAAACAGGGGCUCGCCUGAUGACGGGUGUGUCUGCUUCGAGCACUGAGGGACUUCGCACGCUCGAGAGAAUUUAACAAAGAAAAGGUUCCAGACAUAAGAAAACGAUGGUGGAGAAGAUGUCGCGGUACAGAUAUGGGCCGCUAUUGGUCUUCCAAAUCUUUCUCAUGAUUUUAUACAUACUGUUCACUACGUAUGGAGGUGCUGAAGAAGCCAAUGUUAAAGGUUUCGAAGAUACGCAUGUGAUGAUAUUCAUUGGUUUCGCAUUUCUAAUGACAUUCCUAAAGAAAUACUGCUACAGUGCUCUCGGAUAUAACUGGUUUUUGGCGGCAUUGGUUAUACAAUGGGCUCUGCUCUGCCAGUCCUUCUUCCACAUGAAGAAUAAUACGAUCCAAAUCACGAAGAAAAGUUUAUUAGAGGCUGACAUUAUGUCCGCGACUGUCCUCAUCACGUUCGGAGCUUUACUGGGACUUGCAAGCGGAACUCAGCUAUUGUUCCUAGCCAUCAUUGAAACAGCAGUAGGCUGCAUAAAUUUGUACCUAAUAGAGAGUGUUUAUAAGGCAUCAGAUAUAGGCGGUUCUAUAGCUAUUCACACGUAUGGUGCGUACUUCGGGUUGGGUGUGAGCACUGCAUUUAGGUUAAGGAAGCCCACUGGACCGGAGGCGGCCGGUACUGAGCGCCUCGAUGGGCCCACCUAUAUCUCCGAUAUUACUGCUAUGAUUGGUUCAAUAUUCCUAUGGAUCUACUGGCCAUCUUUCAACUCGGGUUUGGCCCACUCAGACGCAGAGGGACAGCGGGCAAUUAUUAACACCUAUCUGUCUUUAGCUGCUGCUACGGUCACAACGUUCGUACUAUCUGCAAUGGUGAGUCACAAACCUGGCAAACUGGAUAUGGUGCACAUUCAGAACUCCACCCUUGCUGGUGGUGUAGGAGUGGGAGCUGUUGCCAACAUGUUCAUUGGACCUGGAGUAGCUAUCGCCAUUGGCAUUGGUGCUGGUUUCCUCAGCGUGUUUGGAUACAGAUAUGUGACGCCCUACCUAGAAAAGAUCGGCAUCCAGGACACGUGUGGUGUUCACAACCUCCACGGUGCACCUGGAGUAUACUCCGGUCUACUAUCAGUUCUCUUUGCUGCACUAGCCACAGCUGACACGUAUGGAUCCGAGUAUAAAGUCAUCUUCAGUGCGGCCGACAGAUCGAGUGCGACGCAGGCACUAUAUCAGUUGAUAGCUCUUGCGACUACGCUGGUACUGUCAUUUGGUACGGGUUUCAUUUCCGGUUUGAUCGCGAAAACGAAGUUGUUCAUGCCCCUGGAGGUACACCAGCGAUACAACGACGACGUAAACUGGGAACUGCCCUAACUUAACAUAACAAUGGCGUCUUUAUACUGAAAGCUUUCAAUUGUAAACCUCAUGAUUAUCAAACAGUUCCGGAAGAAAAAAUAAAAAGGAAUAAGUAAGAAUGUGUUAUUUUUUCGGUUACAAUGAAAAUGUCGUUGAAUAAGUUUGUAUUUUGAAAAUGGAAAAGUGUCUUUUGCAAAACCAAGUAAUUUAUUUUUUAGAAAAUGUUUGUAAAUUACCAAUAAUUAGCAAUGAAAGAAUGAGAAACAUGGAUAUUAUGUGACAAGAAAAUACCUGUUUUAAAUGAAAAUAAUUCUUAUCAUG